AUGACUUUACUUAAGAGAGACGUAGCCUGUUUGAAGACUAAACAACCUGUGAUAAGUAAUGAAGUAAAAUUAUCGAAGGAUAUUGAUUUAAUACAGAAGGAGAUUGAUGAUGUCAAAAAAAUUAUGUUGGAAUUUCGCGAAGUCCGCCAUGGCAGCAGUAAACGACAAGACGAUCUGUUUCGUGGGUCUUAUCAUAAUGAUAAGAACACUAGAAACAAGUUAAAUAAUAGUCACGAGAAUACUAACAAUUUAAAUGGGGGUAUCGUUGAGCUUGAUAUCGACACGCCCCGAACGAACAUAAACAAACCAAGUGAGGGAGAAAGUACGUGCAAGAGCUCUCUCUCUCUUUUGCGCAUACGCCGUUGCCGGUAA